AUGUCUGAAAUUCGAAAUUCAAAGUUGAAUUCACGAAACUCUUUUGAACAUUCUUUUACAAAAGAAAAUAUGUCUCGUAAAAAGCAAAAAUUAUCAACUCAUGCUGAUGAUGAACAAGAUCAAAGUCUUAUAACAAUGGUUAAACAAUACAUAUUAGAAUCUAAAAUUUCAUCAUCUAAUAAUACACCUUUUAAAGAUAUAUCAUCUACUUACAGAAUCAAAAAUGAUCCAAAUCAAAUUAUGAAAAGAAAGUUUAUUUAUUCAGAUGAUGAAGAUAGUAGUUCGGACGAAAAGCACGGAUCUAUUUUUAAUAAUGUUAAUAAUGUUGAAAAAGAUCCAACAACUAUUAAUGACGAUGAUAGUACUACUGUUGGUGGUGACGAUGAUGAAUCAACGAUCAUUGCUAAUGAAGAAUCCAUCAUUGAUAGUAAAGUAAGCAUCGAUAGUGAAAUAACCAUUUAUAAGAACGAAAUGAUCAUUGAUAAAAAUGAAACGAUCAUUGAUAAAAAUGAACCAAUCAUUUAUAAGACAGAAACAACCAUUGAUAGAAUAGAAACAAUUGAUAAGAAAGAAACAACUAUUAAUAAGACAAUCAUUGAUAAGAAAAAAGUUAUCAUUGAUAAGAAUGACAGGAAUGUACCUGUUGCAGAAGAAUUGCCGAAAGAUGAGAAUCGAAGAUUGAUAUUGGAAUAUGAAUCAGAAUGGGAAAAGUACAAGAUUACAAAAAGAGAAUCAGAUCAAGAAGUUAUGACCUUGGCAUCAUCUGGAAAUUAUCAGAAUAACCGAAUAACCGAGGUUCGGUUGAAUCAUUCUGCUGCAUUCUCAAAUAUAUAA